CCCCCUUUUGGCAACUGUCGUAAACAUUUAGUUCGGAACACGGCAGGACCGAAACGUGUGAAACGAGAGAUAUGAAUGUCUCAAAUUUAAAGUAAAAUGAACUGAUUAUUUUGGAAAUAUGCUGCUGGAUGCUCGGUUAGACAGUUCGGAGAUAUCUAUCGUCUAGUUUUGUUGAGAUAAAGCCGCUGACAUGUUUUUGGCGGCUUGUAGGAAGAGCUGGUGGAGCUGUGCUAGAGGACACACACACAGACUGACUGCCAGCACUGCUGCCACCUGCCACUACAGAUGCAGAGACAGAUCACCUGCAAACCUGCCGCUGAGAAACACUACACCACCUCUAUCUUCUCUAUCACCUCUUCACAGAGAAGUCAGUCAGAGAUCAGAACAUCUCUUCUCAGUUAUAUGUGGAUCUAAAGUAUCUAAACAUCAUCUGCUGCUGUCUAGCAGAAGUUUCAGUCUGUAUGGUACCAAUAGGUCUUGUACUGAAGCGUCUAGAAAGCCUGUUUUGGAAGAAAAAUCCUCUGAGAAGGGUGAAGAUCAGGCAGCCUCUUCAUCUGCAGCUGAUGAGGGACAUUUCCAGUUUAAAGAGCUGUAUGAGAAUCCAUGGACGGUCCCUAAUUACCUCUGCAUGGCCCGGAUCCUUCUGUCUCCUGUCCUGGGAUACUUAAUCAUGGAGCAGUACUUCCACGUCUCUCUGGGGCUCUUUGUUUUGGCCGGAGCAACGGAUUUGUUAGACGGCUACAUCGCACGUAACUGGCCCAAUCAGAAGUCGGCUCUGGGCAGUGCUCUGGAUCCAUUGGCUGAUAAGAUUCUCAUCAGUAUUCUUUACGUCAGUCUGACAUGUGCACAACUCAUCCCAGCUCCACUCACAGCACUCAUCAUUUCCAGAGAUGUAGCACUGAUUGCUGCUGUUUUCUAUGUGCGCUAUAAAACAGUUCCACCUCCAGUAACACUCAGUAAAUUCUUCAACCCGUGUUACACCACUGCUCGGCUGAAACCAACACUCAUCAGCAAGAUCAACACGGGCGUGCAGUUGUUUCUGGUGGCGGCGUCUCUGGCUGCGCCGGUGUUUCACUACACUGACAGUGUUUUACUGCAGUCACUGUGGUACAUCACCACACUGACGACCGCAGCAUCCGGUUACAGCUACUAUCAUUACGGUAAAAAGACCGUUGAGGUGCUGAACAACACAAAGUAGUCGUACAGUCAUCUGAGAUUGAGCUUUGACCAAGACAUUUGGAUAAUCAGUCUUUGUGCAGGAUGGAAAUGAAUGCCACAUCUUGCUUUUGUAAUUAAGACACUUUAGUCUGUAUAAAGUCGAAAACAUUAUUUUUUUUGAUUACAGUAUUAAAUUCAUGCACUGUCGUUUUUGAUUCGUAUAUUUUUUUUAACUCCACAGGAAAAUUAAAAAUCACUUUUAAUGAACUUUGGGUCAAUUUUCUGAUUAAAAAUGGACAUCAAAUACA